CAUGUGGGGCAGCGGCGGCCCCGGCGGCGCAGCGGUGACCGUCGCCGUGUGCGGCAGCCGGGACUGCUUCCUGCACCUGCCCGCGGCGUUGGCCGCCCGCCUCCGCCUGCAGCAGGGCCAAGCUGUGAAAGUCUCCUGGGGUCCCCAGCCCGUAUUUUUGAGUUGGAUGGAAAUCAGACAUCGAAGUUACCAUGAUGGAAGUAUUGCUGAAAUUAACAGACAGCUAGCAGAGAAACUUGGUAUUACACAUGGGGAUCAGGUAUUCCUUGAACCCUGUUCCCAAGUCCUGUCCUGUCAGCAAGUAGAAGUGGAGCCUCUCUCUGCAGAUGAUUGGGAAAUAUUGGAGCUGCAUGCUUCAUCUCUUGAAAGGCAUCUUCUUGACCAGAUUCGGAUAGUAUUUCCAAAAGCUGUCUUUCCAGUGUGGGUUGAGCAACACACCCAUAUUUACAUCCAAAUCAGUACGCUAAAGCCAGCUGCUCCCUAUGGGAGAUUAGAACCUCACACAAAGCUGCUUGUAUGUUCAAAAAUGCGCCGAGAUGAAGAAAACAUCACCAAUUUGUCUUCCUCAGGAAGUGACAUUUUACCAGAAAUAUUUAUCAAAAGUAAAAUGGACCAAGGAGAAAAAAUAACUGAACCUCUUGCCAAACAAUCUAGUUUAAAUCCAGGAGUCCUUGAACAAAGUACAUCUGAUACAAAAGUGGCAAGUAUAUGGGGCUUAAUAAGGAACGUUUUCUCUCCGACUUUGGAACACAAGCAAGAGACUUCCUCUGGUAGUCUUGAGAUAAGCACCUUAAAAGAAAAGCUAUUGAACUUAAUCCAUAUGGAUGCCAUUUUCAGAGUAUGUCAGUCUCAACCUCCCAGCAAACAGAACACAUCAGCAUUUCAAAAACACAAUGCUGUUCAUGUUUUUCCAUGGAAUCUAGAGUAUAUUGAGUUAGAGACUAAUUUUAAAGCAUCUUACGGGACGAUUACUGCACUUCUGUCCCCCAGACAAAGGUGUCAAGAAGCAAAGCAGAAUCUACCAGUGGAGAAGCAAAAGCAGAUGACCAGCCCACAACACAGAAACCCACCUAGUUCUAGUAACAGUCAAGAAUCCAAUGAGAUUUCUGUUGUUCCGAUAAUAUGGACUGGUUUUGAAGACCUAAAGGAUCCCAUAAAAUAUAACAGCAAUGUGGAAGCCAUGCAUGUUGGAAGAGUUUGGAUUCCAGAUGGCCUGAGAAAGAAACUGCAUAUAGAAAUGCAUGCAUCUGUCAGAAUUAAGUCACUGGAGUCAUUCCCUACAAUUCCAGCAUCUCUUAGAUUGCAGCCCACACAGAACCUACAUAAAGAUGUACAUGAAGAUGACAUAAAAUCAGCUUUUAAAUCCUGGUUGCAGGAUUACACUGGUGACAAUUUUCCCUGGAUGAUAACAGGUUCAGACUGCAUACAGCUAGAGGUUAAAGAAAGAAUGGAGGAGUUUGUCCUUAGUGUACUUCAGCCUUCUGUCACUGAAGAAAAUAAAUCAGAAAAUAUUUUUAUAUUGAGUCCCAGUUUGCUGCAGAAGACAAAUAUACAAGUUCUGUUAAAUCCUGUGACUACAAAAGCUGCCUAUGACAGGACCCACUGUAUGCAUGAUACAGACAAGAUCCUUCAUUUCCACAAACUAUGCAGCUUAGGAGGAGUGGAUAAAUUAGGAACAUCCUCCUUUGAGCAUAUCAGUCACAGCAUCUUAGGACGCCCUUUGUCUCAAAAGCUAGCUUGCUUUGUUGUGGGACUGCGCAAUGGAGGUGUCCUGCUCACAGGAGCAAAGGGAACUGGAAAGUCAACAUUAGCGAAGGCCAUCUGCAAAGAAGCAUUUGAUAGACUGGAUGCUCAUGUGGAAGUGAUUGACUGUAAAGAUUUAAGAGGAAGAAGAUUAGAAAAUAUACGGAAAAAAGUGGAGGAAGCUUUUUUAGAGGCAGCAUGGAGGCAGCCGUCCAUUCUUUUAAUGGAUGAUCUUGAUCACAUUGUUGGUGUCCCUUCUGCUCCAGAACAUGAGAACAGCCCUGAAGCAGUUCAAAGCAAUAGACUUGCACAUGUUUUGAAAGAUGUGAUAAAAGAAGUCAUUUCAAUGGGCAGUUUGAUUGCAUUAAUUGUCACAAGCCAGUCAGAACAUUCCCUGCAUCCUUCUCUUGUUUCUGCUCAAGGAAUUCGUGUGUUUCAGUGCUUUAAACAUAUCCAGCCUCCAAAUCAGGAGCAGAGAUGUGAAAUAUUGUGUUCCAUAAUAGAAAAUAAACUGAGCUCCACUAUAAACAAGUUCUGUGAUCUUGAUCUGCAGCAUAUUGCAAAGGAAACAGAAGGAUUUGUAGCUAGAGAUUUUACAUUGCUUGUGGAUCGUGCCAUACAUGCAUGUGUUUCUAACAGGAGAGCAUGCAAAAAAGAAGAACUGAAUCUGUCAACUUCACACUUUCAAAAAGCUUUAAAAGGUUUUACACCAUCAUCUCUGAGAAAUGUUAACUUACACAAACCUAAAGACAUAGGUUGGGACAGGAUUGGUGGCUUAAAGGAUGUCCGGCAAAUUCUCAUGGAUACUAUCCAGUUACCAGCAAAGUAUCCAGAACUCUUUGCAAAACUGCCCAUACGACAGAGGACAGGAGUUUUGUUAUAUGGAGCUCCUGGAACAGGAAAAACCCUCUUGGCUCACAUAGUUGCCCGAGAGAGUAGAAUGAAUUUUAUCAGCAUCAAGGGACCAGAGCUACUUAGCAAAUAUAUUGGAGCAAGUGAACAAGCAGUUCGAGAGCUCUUUAUCAGGGCACAGGCAGCUAAGCCUUGCAUUGUUUUCUUUGAUGAGUUUGAUUCUAUUGCUCCUCGCCGAGGUCAUGAUAAUACUGGAGUAACAGACCGGGUGGUUAACCAGCUGUUGACUCAGCUAGAUGGAGUGGAAGGCUUACAAGGGGUUUAUGUGUUGGCUGCUACUAGUCGCCCUGAUUUGAUUGACCCUGCUCUGUUAAGACCAGGUAGACUGGAUAAAUGCAUAUACUGUCCACCUCCUGAUCAGACUUCUCGUUAUGAAAUCUUAAAGGCCCUUAGUCAUUCUCUGCCUUUGGCAAAUGAUGUGGACUUACAAUAUUUGGCAUCAAAAACGGAGUAUUUCACAGGAGCAGACUUGGAAGCUUUAUUGUACAAUGCUCAAUUAGAGGCAGUACAUUCUAGUUUGGGUUCAUGCUUACCACAAGAUUUUGGUUCCAGUUCUGACAGUGACUUCAGUCUCUCUUCUAUGGUUUUCUUAAACCACAGCAGUGGUUCAGAAGAUUCAACAGGGGAGGGAGAAGGAGGGCUAGAACAUUCUCUAAUUUCCUUGGAGAUGUCUGAGUUGCUUCCUGAAGAUUCAGGAAGAUCCAACAUGUAUCGUCUUUAUUUUGGUAGUUCCUAUGAAUCAGAGCUGGGAAAUGGAACUCCUUCAGAACUGAGCUCCCUGUGUUUGUCUGGACCAAAUUCCGCAACCCAUGAUUUAAGUGGCAUGAGUCUGAGAGAUGUAGUAUCAUCACAACCCUCAGUGCUGAGAACAGCCUCACAGGAAGGUUACCAGGAACUUAAUCAAGAGCAAAUGGAACACCUCCGGACUGAAAUCAGUUCUAUCAAGGCCAACUACCAGAGCAAGAAUGCAGAGGAAAUUACCCCCAGUCAGUCAGUGCAAAACAAGAGUACUUUAAUCAUUACUCAAUCCCAACUGAUGACUGCACUUGCAAGUACAAGACCAUCGAUUAGUCAAGAUGAUCAGAAAAAAUUUCUUGAAAUCUAUAAUAAUUUUCAAAAUCCCAAGAAGAGGAAAGGACAGAGUGCAGCAACAUUCAGACCAGGACAAAAAGUGACUCUAGCAUAAUGAUUGUUGUUAUAUUUGUGAUCACUACACUGUAAUUUAGAAUAUAAAUGUCAGUCAUAUAUUUACAGUCUUAAAUCAGUUUACAAUUUAUAUUCAUAUAGAUUUAUUACUACAGUGACUGAGGAUAGGCAUCUUUUAAAUUAACUUGAAAUGCUGUAAGAUUAUUUGACAUCUUAUUUUGCAAAAUUAUUUGUCUUCCUAUAAAUCAGUAUUAAACUUUUUGAGACAAUAUUAGCUAUGUUGUUUCCAGCUAACCAGCAAACCUCAAGUUGUUCAUCAGUGUGCAAAUAUCAGGAGUUGGUUCCCCAUAUCUGUAUCCUUCCUCAGAGCAAAUAUUUUGCUUUUUCACAACUACUUCCUGAAUCUGAAAGGUGGAGGUUCUGUCUUCACAAGAAAUAUGGUAUCUAUACAUCUUAUUUUAAUACAUUGUAAUAACUAAGGAAAACACUUUUCAGUAAAAUAUACUGAACUGUAUAACAGCCUUGUAAAUCUAAGGACAUAUUUUGAAUAUGUAUUAGUAUGUAAGGAGUGCCAGAUUUUCUUGCAGAUCAACUGUAGCUGGAAAGAAUUUAAAACAAACUAAGGUCUGAAUUUAUUUUUUAAGUUAAGAAAAUGGAUACAUGGGAACAAAUCAGAAGAGGCUUCUUAAAUCAUGAGCUUAGUCCCCCACUAUUGCAGGAAACUCAAAGUGGACACACAAUUUGGGGCCAUUUCAAAAGGGGGUGUUUUUGAAGGGCAGCAGCUGUUAUGUUACAUUUGUGGUGCUCCCAACUUGUCCACACGUAACAAUUAGAAUGUAACAGCUACUGUCCUUUGGAAACCCUUCCCUUUUGAAACUGCUUCAAAUGUGUGUGUCCACACAUACUUAUACACUACUGUCAGAAAUUUAUCAAACUUCAUAUUAAAACCAGCUAGGUUGUCCCCACUGCUCUUCUUGAAAGGCUUUUCCAAAAACGCAUUUCUCUGAUAGUUGGAAAACAUCUUCUAAUUUCCUGCCUAUUCACAGAUCUUUUAUUCCCACUUGCUCUUACACUAAUAUUGUCCUUUUAUUUAAACAGCUUUUCUCCCUCUCUGGUGUUUACCUUCUUGACAUAUUUAUAGGGAGCAGUCACUUUCCCUCUAACCCAGUGCUCUCCUAGACUAAGUAGUCCAAGCUUUUUAGUCUUAUCUGAUAAAAUAAGCUGUCCACUCCCCUCAUCAGCAUACUAGUCCUUCUGUGCACCUGUUUCAUUCUAAAUUAAUCUUUCUUGAACAUAGUAUCAGAACUGUAUGCCAUAAAAUGACUAGUUCUCUGCAUAAAAACACUUGCCAAAAGAAGUUAUUAUUAACAGUAGGUGGGAUUCCCCACCAAUCCUUAAGCAGGUAGAAUUCAGAAAGGUACUCAAGGUAUUUAAAUUAAGCCUGUCUAUAGAUUUCAUUAUUCAGGUGAAUGAUACUAAUGUACACAGGGUGCAUCUACACAUUCGCUUUGCUGUGGAGUUGGUUACUUAGCUCCACAGUAAAGCGUCACUGUUUACAUGUGAGUCCAUAUUAGGGCACAGUAAAUUAAUGAACUCUGCCAUAGAAUAGUAUUGUCCAGGGCAGGUACUACCCUACAGUGGAGUCGCUUAGUGAGCUGAAAUGCUUGUAUAAACGGGGACCAAGGCUGACUGGGGCAUGAGGGUGCUUCAGUGCAGGGGCUGCUUGCCAACUAGCUGCUCACUGAAGCACCCUUGUGCCCCAGCCAGCCCCUCUGCUGCCUAACACCGAGACCUGGGGAUGACCCUCAAGCUCCCUGCCAACCUGGAUCUGCUGUGCCCCGGCUCAGACAGCUGCACCUGGGAGCAGCUGACUCUGGUGCAAACUGUGCCAGAGUUUGAACUGUGCUAUUCACCAUGUGUAGAUCUUCCUAGAGAGUAUAAAAGACUAUUACCCAGUCUGACAAGAAUUAAACCUUAAAUUCAGAGGGGUUUUUCUGAGUACUUAUUACAGACUGCGUAAAAAAGGCUGACAGCAGAUUUGCCAACUGUCUGUAAAUUUAUGGACAAUCUGUUUUAAAAAAAGAGAGAAAGAAAGAAGUAAAGUCUAAAAGCACCUGUCCAUAAAGUCCUUAAAAUGAAGCCAUCCAUAAAAAUAAUGACCGUGAGCUUGACUAAAAGUCGGUCCUUGGAAAGAGGCCAAAUGCAAAGCAUUGAUGAACAAACAUAGCAGAGCAGUACUACCUGGUGUCUGAGCAGGAGUACAGCACCUUUCAGGAAGUUCUGUCAGGGCUUUAUGAGCUAUGGGAGCCUCUAUAGCCCUGCCCCACUCCAGCUAUGUGCUGCUGCUGCUGUGUCCUAUUACCUGCCUAUAAUUGCUAUUCACCUUACAGACAGGCAGUGCUGCCUGGCCCCAGCAAUCUGAGACACUGAGUGGGAUGGGGAGGGGGUAGUGCAGCCAUGACAGAGCUGCAGGGCUGGGAGGGAGGGGAAGGCAUCAGGUAGGGGUGCACUCUGGGAUGGGAAUUGGGGCCUGCAGGGGUAAGACUGGAGAUCAGUACAGUGCAGGGUGCAGUUGGGGGAGAUAGGGUGUGAAGGUGAGUAAGGGACCCCCAGGGUAGGGACAGCACAGUGUAAAAGCAAUGCUGCAGUCAAGCAGCAUUGCCAACCUAAUUUUUUUUCUUUUUAUUGUCAACUUUUUUACUGAUAACCAAACUUUCUUUUGGUUGGGGUUAAGUCCCUAAAUUUGAACUCAGUCCUCAUUACUGCUAUUCAGGACUUGGCAGAAGAGUUACAUUUACAUUAUGUAAACUAUAUGUCAAUAAAAACGUAUGUCAAUAAGUAGUAUCUUAUGCCAGGGUAAUAUACAGUGAUUAAAUGCACAUGUAGACACUGACUACAGGGAUAAAUUGUACCUAGUCAGCCCAGUAAAACAUGCCAGUAAAUGUUUCGUUGUCAUUAAAAAAAACAAAAUAAAAAGCAGUCUUGUAUUGGCAACCUUGCCUGACAGGAUCUUUUUAUUUCAUUCCUCUGUUGUCAUGUAUCUUGUCAGCUAUCACUGACCUUGCUCAAUUGCCGGCCACACUCUCCUAGUGGUCCAUGGGUAUUAAACCUCCCCCCCACCCCCGCCCCCCCCCAAAAAAACCAGUAAUAAGUAGAUCUCUUUCCAUCUCUCAUGUACACACAACACUAUUUGGGUGUUUCUGCUUUGUAACCUAGCAGUACAUCAAAAUGCAUCUGGCUUCAGGAGCUUGUAGAGCUGCCUGAUAACGAUGAAUAGCUGGCAGAUCUCAUAUUUUGGAUGUGGCCUACAAUGCAAAAUAAAGAAGAUCUAGUAGCACCACUUACAUCUAACAGCAGGAGCAGCAAUAAUAUCCUAAAAACCUGGGUAGCAGAAAAUGUCACCAGAGUAUACCCCAAAGCAUGCAGAAAGAAUUUGCAGAAAGAAACAACUAAGUAUGUAUAAUUGACCAAUUCUGUCAGGUGCUGUGUCUGCAUCUCCCAUUAGCUUUAAUGAAGUUAGGGGUUUUAAACCAUAUAUGAUUUGCAUUUUAUUUUGAUCUACCAGGCUAUUCUGCAGGAAACCAUAUACCUUCUUUGUUUAGAAAAACAGUACCUCUAGCCUUCAUCCAGGAUUACACACCUAGAAUUUAUGAAGUUGCUUUUGGUUAUUAAAGAAGUAUUAGUAUACUUCUUUACAGUAUUUCCUCUAAGGAAAAGAGAUAAGGCAAUCUUUUUUAACAUUAAAAAUUAAGUCAAGAAGUAGAUAAGCAAGCCUUAGUCAGACUUGAACAGUACGCUGUUAUUUCAGAAUAAAUGUUACAUGUUAGAACUGUACAUAACUGUUUAAAUAUGAGUGUCUAAUGCAGUUCUCUCACAAGCUGUAGAAUGCACAAACAGAAUUUUUAAAUACUUCAGGCCUCAUUUCAGCCAAAAAUAAUCCAAGUUCUAUACCACGCUAGGCCUCAUUUUUAUCACCAAAUACAAAAUGGACAUAAGGUGAUUUUUUUUUUUUCUCCCCAAACCUGAAUUGCUUUAAGUAUCACAGCAGGACAAAAUAAUUAUGAUUGUGGAUUUUUGUUUUUGAUGCCAUUUAAUUAAAAAUAAUGGAUGUAGAAUGAAAUGCAUAAAAAUGCUAACUUUUA